AUGUCCUCGCAAACACCCGCGCGUACGCUCAACGUCCUCGUCGCCCUCACUGACCCUUCCGCCUUCCGCUUCGGCUGCUCCAUCGCUGCACGUCUGCAUCGCCUCGAGCAUGUUUCUCUAAAGGUCAUCGCAUGCAAGGACUUCCCGACCACGACGCAUACGACUAUCCCGCCCCAGCUCGAGCCCGUCUGGCACACGUAUGACCCCGAGAAUGACACGACGCCCGAGUGGCAACAUGUCGAUUACCAAGAGGCGAACGUCGCAGGGUACUGCUCAUGGGCCGACUUGCUGGUGCUGGCACCGCUCGAUGCCGAGAACCUUGCCCGCAUGCUCCAAGGGUUCACAACGAACCUGCAUCUGAAGAUACUGCGCAGCUGGAAUGUGUCGAAGAAAAUAAUGCUCAUACCGGGAAUGUCCACGUUGAUGUGGGAGAACCCCAUGUCGAGGAAGCAGAUCAGCAAGAUCCGCCGGAAGUGGAACUGGAUUCGCGUCCUCCCUCCAUUCUUAUGGUCUUUCGACCAUUCCGGGCGAAAGUACCACCCGUGGGUAGAAGGACAUAAGGCUUUCAAUGAAUCUAUACAAACACAGAUCGAUUUAAUGGCGGUUGGUGAUCGCACUAUCGCACUACCUAUUGCCCACCUCCCCACACUGACUCCUACAAGAAGCAAGGGCCCUCGUCUUCCUCCUGAGCUCUGGUCUAUCAUCCUGGAAUUCACCAAGGAUUGGGAAUUAGCAACUACCCUGAACGUACAUACAAAUCUGCCCGUACCGAAAGAGUGGCGACAGGCGGCUAGUGACGAAGGGCCCAAGACACAGAUGCAAAAGAUAGAAUGGGCGCUUCUUACCUAUUCAUACUCUGAAAUCAAGGCCCUGUUCGACGCUGAGAACCCUACGCGUAUAUCCCGCGUAUGCAUCGAACUGAUUAUGCGCUUUGCCAUGGUACCUGUUCUUGCGUAUCUGGAAAAGUUCCACAAGGAUCUCUUCUGGAGCACAUUUGGACAUACCUUCCUUCCUCACAAGGCUUCAGUGUUUGGCAAGACAGAGAUUCUCGAGUACUGGAGAACGUCGCCUACUUUCCUCACCAAGGAGUACUCUACGGAAGCCAUUGACAACGCGAGCCGUACCAACUGCGUGCAAGCUCUCGACUGGUGGUAUAACUCUGGUCUCUCACUCAAAUAUACAGAGGCCGCACUUGAGCAAGCAAGCUCCCAGGGUCACAUUCACGUUCUCAAAUGGUGGAAAGAGCAUAGCCGCCAUAGAACUGCCCCUUCGGUUCCUUCCUCACCAGUCGAUGAACAAGCUCCUAACAAGCCGCAUCGAGAUGACUUGCCUCUCAAAGUGGGCAAGUCCAUAACCUACGCAACCCAAUCAGGAUGCUUGCCUGCAAUUCACUUUUGGGUCGAAUCUGGUAUUCCUUUUUCGCAUGAAGACACAAUUGCCAAAAUUGCUUCAACCCACGGUCACACACACAUUCUAGACUAUUGGCGGAAACUUCGCGGCGAAAAGAUUCUCUUCGACAACCAGGUUCUCGUGGGGCCAACCAAGAUGGGCCAUGCCGAUGUUCUCGAGUGGUGGAAGCGCAGCGGCUUGAAGGUGGAAUACAAAACAUGCGAUAUUGAAGAGGCGCUUGAAGAUGGCGUGGAAGGAGCACGUGGAGAUGCUGUAAGGAGGUGGUGGGCACUGAAUGGAUUGAAUCUUGGGGUUGGCACGAGCGAGUGGAUGAGGGUGAAGGUCUUGGGUUCGUGA